AUGGACUCCGCCUCCACGCACAACCCGAGUAAUGGCUCCUUUCCAAUCAAGAGGAAGCCGGAGGAAGAGGUCCAGUUUGUCUCUUCAAAACCGGUGAAGAAGGGCCGUGGCAGUAAAGACUCCCCAGCAGAGGCCCACCCUGCUGUUGACCAGGUCAAUACAUCCAGAGUAUGUCCUCCACAUGGAGACGCUCAUCCUGUCAAUACUCCUACCCACGUUGGUCCGAGCCUCCCGGCGAGUCAACCGCUCCACGAGCUAAGCAACUUCAAUCGCGGCGCUUCCUUGCCCAGUAUGGAGAACUAUGUGUUCCCUCCACCUCUUGAUGGGAUCCCCAGCCAGACUUCUCGGAGCUCUCCGAUGCUGUCUCCUAAGCAGUUGCCACAAGCUGUUCCUUCAAGCCAAGCCGACAAUCAGCUGAACCCUUCAGUACAUCUGAAUGCCAACGAUGCGAAGCUACCGGCUUGGUGCAAUGUUUCGUGGGCACCGUCUUGCAUGCCACCCCAGUCAAUGUCUAUGAAUGCCCCCAUGACUCCCAACCAGUCGGUGAUGACCCCAUACACCCAGCCACCAGUGCCGGAACCGUCUCCGCCUGUCCAUGGAGAGAAGCAAAAGUCGAGGACGUCUGAUAAGUUGGCGACUCUGCCGCCCCAGUGUUCUGAGUCGGUCAUUCAGCCUCGCAAAGACUUGGGCACGGAGAACACCCACAGCAGCCAAGAGUAUCCUCUGGAGGCAAUCUCUGGGCCGAUUCAGACCACGCAGCCUUCCGGGCCACAGAUACCAUGGCAGCCUGCCCAGUCCACCUCGCAGAUUCCACCAGGGCCAGCACCUCACAUUCAAUCGCCGGCACAGCAACACGUGGGCAACAGCCACGGCUACGUCGUAGCAAAUGCGCACGCGUUACCUCCGAAACCACCGUGUCUUGCUUGUGAGCAGAUGCGACAACAGGCUUUGCACAAUAAGGCGGCUAUCUAUCCUGUUGUUGGGAAUUCACCCCAUGAUGGCUGGCAUGGCCCUGAAGUUGCCCAUGGGAAUCACCCUGCUCAUAUGCAGCCUAUGCCAUUCCCAGCUGGUGGUUUCGGUGUGCGCCCUAAUAUGGUCCAAAGCCAUUUGCAUAGACCACAGCACCUCUAUCACGGACAGGUGCCGAUGGGUUACGGCAUGACACCAGUCUCGACUCAAGUACCAUAUCCAGCUCCAGUUCAGAGAGCAUUACCGGUACCACAACUGGGCACAAGCGACUCUCCUUCGGGGGUUUCCUCUCAGAAGUUCACCAACCCACAAUUGAAUGCAUCCCCGGUGCCGGCCACCAUGUCCCGGACGGAGCGUAACCAGCCAGGUGCUUCAUCUCAGGCACUGUCAACGCAGCCAAGCUCGGCAACAGCCUCUUCUCCUAAUCCAGCGGCGGCUGCUACACCUCGACCGCCGACUCCCCCACCAUCAGAGAGCCACUCGCCAAACCUAAUCGUCGACAUAGCCGAAACUUGUGAAGCACUGUUUCCUUGGGACGAGGUCGCAGAGAGACACAAUGUGCAGCGUCAGAAGGUCCUCGACACGUUCGCGGCCAUCAUCCAGCUGCCUUUGAUCCGGUGUACGACCGACAAGAAGCGACACGGGAGGCUGGCGACGAACAGGCUGAAGGAUUACACCAGGGGCAAGAACAUCAUGAACAUGGCGUCCUCUGGGUCCCCGGCGACUACCGCAACCGCGCCGUCCAAGUCGAAUUCCAAAGAGAACCAUGGCGACAGGGCUGUUCUUCCUGGCGUCGUGGAGCUAGCCAACUCAAUGGCACCGGUUACUUUUCCUUCGGCCCUCGCGCAGAAAUACCCAGGGACGUGGUGA